AUGUAUCCUCAAAACGGUUGGAGAACUCUUGAUGUCGCCAUCAUUGGCGGUGGGAUCGGCGGUCUAGCGGCGGCAGCGAUCUCGCUCCGGCGAGCUGGACACUACGUUACCGUUUAUGAACGAGCCGACUACGCUGGCGAAGUCGGUGCUUUCAUCUCCUGCGCCGCCAACGGCACCAGGUGGUUGCAGGAAUGGGAGGUGGACAUUGAUAAAGGGGAUCCCGUUGUCCUACGUUCUACUUAUAACAUCGGAACGGUUGAAGCUUCACUUAGCUUCAACCCAAAAACAGAUUCACGAAAGUGA